AUGCCCAGCCCACCCGCAAUCCCCCCGCUCCCCCUAACGCUAAUCGUCGCAACAACGCCCAUCCCCUCCGCCUCCUCCGCGUCCAACCCCACCAUCCGAACGCGCCUAGGCAUCGGCCUAAACGGAACAUUGCCCUGGCCGCGCAUAAAAACCGACAUGUCGUUCUUCGCGCGCGUCACGGCGCGUCCGCCGUCACCACACACACCCGGAAAGAAGACACUUACAAACGCGCUCAUCAUGGGGCGCAAGACGUACGAUUCCAUCCCGGCUAAGCUCCGGCCGCUCGGGAAGAGGAACAAUGUUGUUAUUUCGCGCGAUGGGGACGGGAGCGUUGCGGGGCGCGUGAGGGGGGAUUUGGAGGGGAAGAUUGGACGGGAGAGGGAGACUGCGCUGGCGAAGGCGAAGGCGGCGCAGGCGCAGUUGGAAGAGGUGCAGGCGGGUGAGAAGGAGGGGGAGAAGAGUGGGAGUGCGGUUGUGGGGGCGGCGAUUGCUGCUCCUGCGCCUGUUGCGGAGGGGAAGACGGGGGCGUUUGUGGAGGGGAGUCUUGAGGGGGCGCUUGAGCGGUUGGAUGGGCUUGCUGCUGCUGGUGGGGAGGAGGGAGACGGGGUUGGGCAUGUGUAUGUUAUUGGGGGUGCGGAGAUCUAUAAUGCUUCGAUUAAGCUGGGCUGUGGCUCUGGCUCUGAAGCGGAAAGCAACCUUAAGCGGACGGUGCGGAUUGUCGUGACGGAUGUGGAGAAGCUUGAUGGGAGUGGGUUUGAGUGUGAUACGUUCUUUCCCGUUGACCGGGAGGAGCUGGACAGUGGGAAAUGGAGGAAGGUUAGUCCUGCUGAGGUGACGGGGUGGGUUGGGGAGGAGGUUACGGGGGAGUGGAUUGAGGAGGGGGAUGUUAGGGUGAGGAUGGUUGGGUAUGAAAGGGUUUAG